AUGCGGCGACAUGUUCGCCAGCAUGAACGCGAGAGUGUCCAUGUUGAUUGGUCCCAUAAGGAUCUGGUCAUGAGUCAAUCGAGUGCGACGGCAGUUGCUGUUCGAAUGGCAGACCGGAAAGGAUCGCCUGUUCUCAUGCUCAAAGGGCUCGGUGUGUGCAGUGUUCGGACUUGGAGUCGUGUACGGCGCAGUCUGUUCUGUAUAGUCAAGACGGAUGGAAGGUUCCACGCUUCAAGAGGAAAAGCCAUGUUUGCAAUGUCCGAGAUCAAGCAACAGGAAAACGGCUACCAGGGCGGUGCCCAGCCCAUCCGUGCGCUCACGCCCGGUGGACACCCCCAGGACUCGUCGCAGCCCGCCUUCCCCGUCUACCACCGUAGAUUCGCCAACCCUGCUCCUCUCGGUCUCUUCGGUUUCGCCGCCACCACCUUUGUCCUCUCCAUGUACAACGUCAAGGCCCGCGGCGUCACGGUGCCUAACGUCGUCGUUGGUCUCGCCAUCGGCUACGGUGGUCUUGCACAGUUCCUCGCCGGUAUGUGGGAGUUUGCGGCAGGUAACACGUUCGGUGCCACUGCCUUCUCCUCCUACGGUGCCUUCUGGUGGUCGUACGCCAUCAUCCAAAUCCCCUGGUUCGGUAUCGUCGAGGGCAACUACAACCCCAACGGUACUCCCGAGGCGCAGGUCGCCAACGCUCUUGGUAUCUACCUCGCCGCCUGGUUCAUCUUCACUUUCAUCAUGCUCCUCGCCAGUUUCAGGUCCUCGGUCGGUCUCGUCGCCCUCUUCUUCUUCCUUGACAUCACCUUCCUCCUCCUCUUCAUUGCCGAGUUCACUGGCAAAUCGGCCGUUCAGACCGCUGGUGGCGCCUUUGGUAUCCUGACUGCUGCCAUCGCCUGGUAUGUUGGUGCCGCUGGUCUCUUGACCCCAGACACCAGCUACUUCACCCUCCCCGUCAUCGAGCUUUCGCGCCGAGACUAA